AUGAGUCAAGUUGAAUUUAAAGAAAUUAAACCUGGUAUUUUCCACUUUAGAAAUUUGUUGAGCAAGGAAGAGUGUGAGGAGAUUAUCCAACACGGAGAGAAGACUUCCUACAAGCAAGUACCUACAACUGGUGGCAGACAAUUGGUUUGGUGUGGAGUGGAGGCUUCCGAGGUUAGAAAUAAUCAGAGAAUUAUUGAAGAGUGCACUGAAUUUACUAGAAGAUAUAGUGCCACCAUCUUUGAAAGAGUGGCCAAGCAUCUUCCAAAAGAUUUGGAAUUUAGAUUCAAGAGUUUGCCAACUGAAGUUAAUCGUGCUGAUGUUUGUCCUACUUUGGAGAAGGCAAAGGAAUGGAAAUUAUUCAGUGUGAGCGAUAAGUUUAGAAUGUACAAGUAUGAGAAGAAGCAACAUUUCCUCAAGCAUUUUGAUGGCACCAAUAAGAGAAUUCUCUCCUUGACUGAAGGUAAAAAACCUGUCAAGCAAUUUACUGAACAAAGCUUUAUGACAUUCCUUGUCUAUUUGAAUGAUGUUGAAAAGGGAGGUGAAACUCAAUUCUUUGAUACCUAUUCCAAGGAAGAAACCUUUGAUAUCAAGCCAGAAAUGGGUAGUGGUGUUGUUUUCUUGCACGAAUUGCUUCAUCAAGGUAAUGAUGUCUUGGGUGGCGUCAAGUACUUGUUGAGAACUGAUAUUUGCUACAUGAAACAAAAGGAAAUUGUUGAGGAUGGUCAAAAGAAUAUCAAUUAUACCAUGAAGGUUUCUGCAGAUCAAAAGAAGAAUAAGAAUUCACAAAACAACAUCUUGGAGCUUUUACCACAAGGAGACUAUGCCAUUUCAGAAUGGCAAAAGAUUUUCCAUCCAAGUUGUCAACACUAUACUGACUAG